AUGGCAAACAUUCACAGCAAAGUCUCUGAAGAUGAGGACAGCGACAAGCAAUCCGGUGGUGGUACAGACCAGUGUCAGACAAACACAUCGGCAUGUCAACUGAAGUCACAAGAAGAAGAUCGCCAGUCGUCACAGCCCGAAAACGGAAACAUAUUUGUACCCCACAGCGACAGUGAACUAGGCUUGAAGCUCCUCAAUGGUCAGAUGUGCGUUGAAGUUAGCAACUGGAAGUGCAAGUUCCCGAGUGUUAUCAUGAAGAACCAUGUCUGUGGUAACCCAAAGGGUGGGCUUGAAGUUGGAUUCUGCAAUGAAGUUAUCAAGAUCGAAUUCCGAAUCCCACCUGGGUUCCCUGAUCGCAUGAUUGGAUUCAUGACUGUCUUGCAGUCUCUCUUCCUUGAGCCGGAACGUCUGGGCAUAACCGAAAUCAAAAUUGGCCGUGAACUUGUCAAGCAAGAGCGCCACAAAGCCAAAGAUCAGGAGUGUCACGUCAGCUGGUCAUCCCCUAGGGACAGAUCUGGCUGCCGAGUGAGCUGGAUCAAGGAAAGCCACCAUGCCAUGAUCAAGUACAAAUUCUCCAAUAUCAACAAGAUCGGAGUAGAUGAAGAGAUGAUCAUGGAGGUGAAUGAAAGCAAUGAGAUGUAUGGGAAGAUCUCUUCAGCUGAUCCGACUACGUACGGCAAAUGGCUCGCAAUGCCAGCACGAAUCUGGCUUCGGACACAAUGGUUCAUGCGCAAUAUCGAGGGAAUCGAAAACGACAUUUUCAGCAAGCUGUUCAAGCCCACUGCAGCGGUCCCGCCAGUCGUCAAGCAAGCCGUGGGCCAAGAUAUGAAGUCUGCACCCAACAACAAGAAUCAAAAGAGGAAGAAGAACAAGCAUACAAAGUGUUCAACUCCUGUCCAGCCAGAUUCUGUGCCAGUACUGGAACAGUCAAACAACAUCCACGAUGUGGCGGAAGUUCAAGAGGUGGUCAAAAAUGUGCCCAAACUCACCAUCGACACUGGCAAGAGCAAUAAGGGCCGGAAGCACAAGCGCAAGAAUGCACAUGCAAAGAAAGACAAGACUGAGCACAAUACUUUCCCUCAGCAAACCGAAGGGCAAAGAGACCUGGCUGAUCAGGAAACAUCAACUGAGCGGCAUUCUGCAUCAGAUGCUGGCCAAUCAACAUCUCCUGCCUUGUCUUCACCUGCCUUGACCUCCCCACAUCUCACAUCGCCGUUUGAUACAGCCCGCACUCACCUCUCACCCCUCUCCCAACACCCAAGCACUCCAUGCAGCUUCGCUACCAUCAAUACCUCGCCCAAAACUGCCACAGGCGAGCUGGAGGAUGCGGAAGCGGAAGAAGAGCUGGAGGUUGAGUUCGCACAACCUGUAUCCGGCGCCCAGGGCUAUUUUUCUGACCCCGAAUUUUACACCGAAUACCGCCUGGAUGGGUUGGAAGCCGACCUUCCCCACAUUGAGUCUCCAGAUGCGGUCAGAUUGGGUGUUUUCGAGGGCCUCCGGAAGGUGACCUCGCUGACUGACCAACCAUCGCGCGCCUUUCUCCUGCAUGCUGUUGACAACUCCGAGCUUGUGACAGAGGCCAGUUCUGAUCACGACCUCAGAUCAGUUGAAACAGCUUCAGGCGAGUCUGGCCGCAGUCGCCGAUUCCGGCCUUCGAAAAACAAAAAGGACCGCGCAAGGCGAAGGAAAAGGGCAGCAUACACACAGUCACAAAAGAUUCUGGCGUGGUAUUCACUUACCUACCCAGAUUUCUCUCCGGGUGGUUGGAUUAGUCCCAAUCUGUCUCCACCUGAGACUCCCGAAGAGGAACUGUCCCCCACAGGCACGCAGGCCAGCAGCGACGAGGACCAUUCCGUGCAAGCUCACUGGCACUUCUUUGACACCCCUCUCCCCUGCGCUCGGGAGGGUUGCUCGAACCAGUGCAGCUUCAUGGAUGGUUCCACCGUCGUCUGUCCGGCCUGCGGUCCAUUCUCCCUGGUCCGCUACUGUGGCAAGCAACACCUGUGGGAGGACGUCCUGUUUCAUUGGUCGAGGUGUCGCUGUUAUCCUCUCCUGCACCAGGUCGUUAUCAGUUCCCUUCCAAAGGAGAUUCUCAUGGGUCCACCGAUGCUGCUCAACAUCCAUGACUGGGAUAAGCCUGAGCGUCAUCGUCAAGCUGUCUGGUUCGCUUCCGCCGUCUGUCACGGAGACUAUUUUUUGUUCGACAACGAACCUCUCAUGGAUUUUGUAGAUCAACCAAAACGCCCCGAGGUGCUUGGAUUUUCAUCGCAGACCAACUUCGCCUGUUUGUUUACAACGCCUGAGGAGAAGGAUCGAAUUCGUCGGGUUUUGGCGGUCUGUCUUUUCAUGGCUCCUGAACAUCCAGCUCUCGUGGGCUAUCUGUACCGCUUAUUGCGUGACUGGUUGAUUAGCCAUGAUAUGCUCAGCGUCGAUAUGGAAAGUGUGCUUGCUAACCAGCUGGGACUCGAGACAGGGCUUGGAACCUCGUUCUUGAUGUAUUCCGAGCUUGCUGGGGCGCAUCACGCCUGUGAGACUGAGUGGUAUGGGGUCUCUCACCCCUGUUCAAAUCCUCAGUGCGACUCUGACCCUCCUCCCGUCUUUCUUUAUACCGAGUUGAAUGGGUUCCAGGAGCUUUGUGAUGUCUUAGAAGGUAACUUCUGGCUGUUGCGAGCACACCGGUCCACGCACCCUGAUGUGAGGAACAUGGUGGAUCGGAUACAGGGCGUUGGAUUUGAGCAGGCCCACUUGUCGGAGCGGAUUUGGCCCCGCGGUGAGGGCUGGGAUGGCGUGGGGACGGGCCCGAUGUGGGUGGAAGAGUCGUGGUCAGUUGGGCAGCGGUUUGUGGAAAUUUGA